GAGACUGUGUUUAGUAUCAUCUCUGUCGUGGUUCCCUUUAAGAGAAGACGAGUAGCAGCACCAGGCAGCUGCAAGUCUAACGUGACUUUCUAAGAAGACACAAAAAUAGUAGCGCCUUUUGCACUGUGUUGGGAAACACGACGUGCUUCUCUUGCGGUCUGCUGACAUCUCCACGUGACACCAGGUACAGAGUCCAGGUAUGGCUACAGCUAGCAGUCUGCUGUUGGAGGAACAGCUUCUUUGCCCCAUCUGUCUGGAUGUCUUCUACCAACCAGUCUCCACUCCUUGUGGGCAUAACUUCUGCAAGGACUGUAUCCACGGAUACUGGCAGAGCACCAAACCAUCACAGUGCCCCGUGUGCAAGCACAAGUUCCACAGGAGACCUGAGCUCAAAGUCAACACGUUCAUAUCAGAGGUAGCUUCUCAGUACAGGAAGUCAGUGGAGCUCAAAGUUGAAAAUGAAACAACAACAGCUGACGUGGAUCAAAGUUCAACCAAUAAAGGGAGCGUGUCAUGCGAUGUGUGCACUGGAAAAGUUGUUAAGGCUGUUAAAUCCUGUCUGGAUUGUUUGGCCUCUUUCUGCGAGACUCACCUGGAACCCCAUCACGUUCUUGGCACCUUCAGGAAACACCACCUGAUCAAUCCUGUGAUGAACAUGCAAGACAGGUUGUGUAAGAAGCAUGAGAAGCUCCUGGAUGUUUUCUGUCACACUGACCAGAAGUACGUUUGCCAGAUCUGCUCCAAGAAGGAACAUAAGACUCACUGCACUGCCCCAUUGGAGGUUGAAGGUAGAGCCAGGAAAGCUCAGAUUGGAGAAUUAAAUGCCAAAAUUCAAGAGACGAUCCGCGGUCGGCUACAGAAGAUCGAUGACAUCAGACGAAACAUCCAGCUCAGCAGAAGAAACACAGAGAGGGAGAUUGAGGAGAGUCUAGAAAUCUUUGCUAAACUGCUUCACUUGGUCCAGAGUGGUCAAGCUGAGGUGUUGGAGGUUCUUCAAGGGCGUUUGAGGGAAGUGGAAAGCAAGGCCAGCACCAUGGUUGUGGCACUAGAGCAGGAGAUUGAUGAUCUGAGGAAGAGGAGUGUUGAGCUGGACCAAUUUUCACGAACUGAAGACCACUUCUACCUCCUCCAGAGGUUUCCUACUUUCUUCAAAUUGCCAGACAUCAAAGACUGGUCUGAGACCUGUGUGGAGGGUGCUGUGUAUGUGGGCACUUUAAGGAGAGCAGUCAGGAGAGCAGCGCGCCAGCUGGAGGAGAUAGUGAAAGUUGAGGUGAAGAAGCUGUGUGAGGCAGAAUUCAAGCGGGCUCGGCAGUUUGCUGUGGAUGUGACUCUGAAUCCCAAUACUGCGCAUCCCAAACUGGUGCUGUCCAACAACAACAAGCAGGUCUACCACGGCGAUGUGGCACUGAACCUCCCUGACAAACCAGAGAGGUUCUACCCUGGUAUCAGUGUUUUGGGAAGGGAGGGCUUCUCUUCUGGUAGGUUCUACUACGAGGUCCAGGUGAAGGGGAAGACAGAGUGGGACAUCGGAGUUGGACGUGAAUCUGUCAGCAGAAAAGGAGGGAAUAUACUUAAUCCUGAAAGUGGUUACUGGACGCUGGGGAUGAGAAAUGGCAAGGACUACUGGGCCCUCAGCAGCCCCCCUAUUCCUGUGCCACUGGUCGAGAAGCCCCAGAGAGUUGGGGUGUACGUGGACCUGGAAUGUGGGCAGGUUUCCUUUUAUAAUGUGGACUCUGCUUCUCAUAUCUACUCAUUCACAGGAUUCUCAUUCAACCAAAGACUGUUUCCGUACUUUAACCCCCGUCGUAACCACAGUGGAGUUAACUCAGCCCCUUUGAUCAUCUCCCCUGUCAAAGUAUAGCAUUCUUAUUGACAAU